CAGCGUGUGUACCAGUUGGCAUGCUUUCUCUGAAACAGCAGUGUGAGUUUCAGUGAGCAUAUCCAGUUACACAGAGGACAUUUUCCAACGAUGACAGUCAUUAAGCAGAGAGGACGGAGGGGCAUUCUGCUCCCAUCACAGGCUGAGGCCAGCAAAGGUGGUCCAGAGAAAUGUCUUCCAAAACAGAUUCUCCUCCAUCCUAUGAAGACGCCCUGAAGGAUCCUAAGUGUAAUAAUUACCCCUUCCUGACACAACAUGGCGCCCCUCUGCCCCCUCCUCCGUCCUACAGCCCCAGUCCCGGCAUGUGCCCAGGCCCCGGCUUCCCUCCGCCUGCCAUGCCCAUCCCCACUCUGUCAGCAGGACUGUCUGCGUCCAGCCCAGGAGAAAUGGACGACUUUUUCAGCAACCAGUGGGAAAGCACGUCGAUUCGACACGCCUUCAUCAGAAAAGUUUACUUGAUUUUGACUGUGCAGCUUGCGUUCACCUUUGCGGUCGUUGGUGUCUUUACAUUUGUUGACCCAGUGAAGAUGUUUGUCACCCAAUACCCAGCAAUCUACUGGGUUUCUUUUGCUGUUUUCUUUUUGGUGUAUUGCAUUCUCAUCUGCUGCAAAGAGCCAAGGAGGCGUUUUCCAUUGAAUCUGGUGCUGCUGGGAAUAUUUACUGUCGCCCUGUCUUAUAUGGUUGGAACAGUUUCAAGCUAUUAUGAGACCAAAGCGGUGAUAAUCGCCAUGGGAAUAACAGGCGUAGUGUGCAUAGCAGUGACAGUCUUCUGCUUCCAGACGAAGGUGGACUUCACCUCCUGCGGGGGAUUUCUCUGCAUAGCUGCUGUUUUGCUCAUGAUCAUUGGGAUUGUUACGUCCAUCGUGCUCUCCUUCCAAUAUGUCCCCUGGCUGCACAUGCUCUAUGCUGCAAUCGGAGCCGUCGUUUACACUCUGUUUUUAGUCUACAACACUCAGCUUCUCAUCGGAAAUCGGGAGCUGGCCAUCAGCCCAGAGGAGUACAUCUACGGCGCGCUCUCUCUCUACGUUGAUAUCGUUCACAUCUUCCUCUUCAUCCUGCAAGUCAGCGGAGUGGCAACCGAGUAAAGCAAUCGCCCAGCAACAUUUUAUCAGUAAAUCCUGAAUGUACAGAGUAUUUUGGGGAGCAACGUUACAUGUAUGCAUGCGCACCAAUCAA